GGCUUGAGUAGCCUAUAAGUGCGUAAUGCCUCCAGUUACUAUAUAUACUAUUACUGUUACUAUAUUUUCCCUCAGUUUUGCUAUGCUCAGAAGCAUUGACUGUUAUCGGCAAUUUGCAUUUUAAAAUGUGAUUUAAGUCAUGAAUUAUGUGUGCAAUCAUUCUGAGAUGAAAAUUACAUUGAAGGUUUUACCAUCGACUCCGCAAAGGACAAAAUGUUCAUUUAAAACAAAAUAAACCGGAGAUGUAAUUAAGAUUUUUAAAACUGAUCUGGAUGUAUAUAAAUUUAAAGAAAGGGAUCACUGUUUUAGAUAUUUAGAAAUGAUCAAUGGACUUUUGUUGACUACUGUGCAUGUUAUUCUAGGGAGUUUGCGAAAAACUUUUACCAUACAUUUGUAUCAAAAAUUUGCUCCGAUUCAUCGAUAAUAACUGCUUACUAUAUUUAGCAGUAGAGAUCUAUCCAUUUCUUACGUGUAUGGGCAGCCAACGGAUUAGAUUUUUUUCUUUUCAAUAAGCAGCAAUCGCCUGACGUGUUAUUAUUUAGAGAAUGGCUUCCUAAGAUGUUAAAUUCGUAUCUGUAAAUUAGAAGCAAACUGAUACAUCUAAAAUGUAUAGAGUUAUGUGCAGCGAGCGAUUCGAUUAUUAGUAGCGAGCGACAAACGAUUCGAUUUCUUUUAAUGAGUGAUUCGAUGCGUUGUAACGAGAGAUUCGAUUAAGGUUAUGGGACAAUUUUUGCAGAAGCUUAUUGUUAUGUGUAGGUUUUUAUCACACGUUCAAGUGCACAUCUGCAAAACGCAACCUGUAUAUUAUUUACUUAUGAUAGUUCUCUGAUUGUAUUGAUACGUGAUCAUAUACUUUUGAUUUUUGUAGAGUAAAUGUUCACGCAGAUAAGAUCUGUAACGACUUUAAGUCUAGCUAUUUGCGUUUUCUGAGAUGAUAGAUAGGUUUUGAAUGUACAUAUUCCUUCGGGCACAUGUGAAUUGAAUAUUAAGUGACACGUUUUGUAUCUGUCUCUUUCUUAUGAAUUCACUCAGUCAGCAGCUGUUACUUAAACGUAUAGUAGCAAAAACAAUUAUGUUAAGAUUUUGUUAUUAGCAAGACAUGUGUUAUUGUAAUUAUAUUAGAAAAAAAACGAAUAAAAAAGUGUAUAACCGAAACUAGUUAUUCUUACAGUUUGUGAAAUACUAAACGAAGACAAACGGACAUAACAGGACACUAAAGCUUAACAUUUCUUUUUCAUAGACAUAGUUAUUCGAGUGGUUACACAGACGAUUCAAAUUCUCAUAAUUUGUAAAAUGUCUACAUCAUCAACAUUUGUUACAUGAUAUUAUUAAAUGCAACAUCGUUGUUUUCCGGACAUUCUGUGAGUUCAACAUGUGGACAUGGUCGAGGAGUUUGAAGAAGCUGCUGAGAAGUGUCGUACUGAUUGGCUGCUUCCUGGCUUUUAUUCUCUUUACAAAAAAGUUAUCUCCAAUCACACUGUGGGAGUUAAUACGUGAAAAUCAUAUUUUAACUGGACGUUACAAGAAUAACACUGCAUAUGAGAAAGACAGGGCACUGCCCAAACAGUCUCACGAAAGAGAUGGAUCGGUAGCGUUGACAACUUUAAAAUCUCAGAUAAGUAUUUCACCCAAGAAUGAAAUUAAUGAACAAAUGCGAGUUGAAAAGAUAGACAAGAUGAUUGAAAGAUUACGAUUUGAAAAUUUUUACCCUCCAACGUUUUGGAAUACUAGCUUGACUCAGCUGACCAGACAAUUAGGCGGCAGAACAAGAAGAACGGCAAAAACCUUGACUGGGUAUGCCAAUUACACAAACAAGAACAAUUUGCCAUCCUGGAAAUUACUACACAUGAAUAUCCGCCAGUACUCCCUGUAUGACCCUGAUGACCCCAGUGUUGAAAUCACGCUGCGCGAUAUGGCAAACCUUCGAAUAAUUUCGGCAGAAACGACUAAAAGUGGGACAGAAUUUAAAUUGAUUUUCAAAUUUUCCAAUGGUGGACAAGCCAUGAUGAAACCUAUGAGGUACUCUAGGGAAGUGGAAGCCGACGAAAAUCGUUAUAUUUUUGAUGACAUGGAAAGGCACGUUGCCGAGAUAGCAGCAUUUCAACUAGACAAACUGUUAGGGUUUUAUAGAGUUCCACCAACAGUUGGAAGAAGAAUCAACAUUACAAGUGAACUAAAACCAAUCUCCCCCACCUCAGUAACGGACACCAUAUUUACUUCACCAGCCGGAAAUCUUUGUUUCUAUGGCAAAUGUAAGAAGUUUUGUGACCAUGCGCAUGCGUUCUGUGGCCAUCCGGACACUAUUGAGAUUUCACUUCAGAGUUUUCUACCACCUGAAAACACUGCGCGCAGAAAAUCAUGGAGUCAACCUUGGAGACGAUCGUACAGUAAAAAAAGAAAAGCUUACUGGGAAACCAACGAUGAUAUGUGUCAGUUUAUCCGUAAUGAGACUCCGUACAAUAAUAGCAAACUUCUGAAAGAUAUCAUAGACGUCCAUACCUUUGACUUUUUGACAGGAAACAAAGAUCGCCACAACAUUGCAAUAUUUGAGGAAUUUGGUGAUUAUUCAUUUCCAAUCUUGUAUGAUAAUGGCAGAGGAUUUGGACGACAAACAUAUGAUGCCAUGUCCAUCCUGGCACCGUUAAGGCAAUGUUGUCUGAUACGGAAAUCUACACUCCUAAAGUAUAUAAAACUGUAUAUGGGACCGGAGAGACUCAGUUCUUUGAUGGAAAAGGCUCUUGAAUCUGACCCUUUAGCGCCCGUACUCAUUCAAGGACAUUUAAAUGCCCUAGAUAGGCGACUGGUGAAAAUUCUACAAGCUGUUGAACUUUGCUUAGCUACUUAUGCUUUUGAUGACGUCAUAGUAUCAGAUGACUUCUGA